AUGUAUAAGGUGCGACAAAGUCUACGGAGUACCGAAGAAAGACUCAUCUUGUUCGCCAUGAAGCGACCUGUAAGAUACAAAGCAAUUAUCUUCGAGCUGCCCUUUGUGCAAAAAGUCCCUUCUAAAACCCAUAAAUCAGGCACAUUAUCUAAUGGAUCAAUAAAAGAGAGGUCACACGAAGACAUAGCAAAACUUGCACAAAUAAGUACAAUCAGCCUACGCCUCCUGCAGCCAAACCGGGAAGGGAAAGGCUUUCUUGUGAGCUAUGCUUUUCUGCCAAGGUAUCUGGCAACACAAAUUCACCAUGCUCUCGCUGUCGUUCCCUUGGAUGAGAAUUUACUUUUGCAGUUGAAGAAAUUCCUACCCGCGGUUGUCCCACUCAGGCCUUCUACCACUACAUGUCACGCCAGCUUGAAAGAGAAUGAACCAUUCUCCUUUCUCCAGCAUUUUGCUAAUCCAUCUUACCAAAAGGACAGACUGGCGAUUGGGGAGACUGCAAAAUGUUCUGUUCGAAGAAAUCUCGUAACACUCAACUCCCGUAUCGAAGAUGCCCUCUUCAAUCCUGAUACUCUCUUCCCUUCGAAGCUUUCCAGCCAAUUAUCCGAGAGAACGAGAGAGUUGGUCGAAACUUCAAAGUCAACGAAUCUUGGAAACACAGAAGUGGUAAAUUCUCCUCAUUUUGUGGAGUCAUCUGCUCUAUUAGGGGUUUCCAAUAUUUCUGCUUCUAUCUCGGCAUUCUUCCACUCUCUUCACUGGCAUUUGCCCGUCGUCCAUUUCCCAGCAUUCGACCCGGCUGAUAUCUCCAAUCCGCUUUUACAUCUUAUCUGGUGA